AUCACUUAUAAGUCGCAAAAGUGUGUUCAACAACAAUCUUGCAUCUCUUUAACUCGAGAUUAUUUAUUCGUAAUAAUAAAGUACAACACGCGAUAAGAAAGUUGGGUGUUUCAACUCGGAACGAGAUGAGAUUUGUGCAAUACCGGCUCAAAAUGGGCGGUUUACCCCAUCUGGGGGGGCAGAUUACCCAAGACGGGGACAUUUUCGACAUUAGCAACGUGGACCACUCCAUACCCAACACCCUGACCAAGUUCCUAGCCACCGGCGAUGACGUCUACGAGCGGGCCAAAAGAAUAAUCGCUUCCGGCAAAUCCGUCAUCCCCCUCAAAAACGUGGAACUCCUCCCUCCAGUAAUCAAACCGGACAAGGUGGCUUGUGUAGGCCUUAACUACUCGCGCCACUGCGAUGAAUUAAACAUCCCCUACCCCCAUGAACCAAUAAUUUUCAGUAAAUUCUCCUCAACCAUCGUGGGGCCUUAUGAUAAAAUCGAGCUCCCCAAAAUAAGCAAUAGCGUCGACUGGGAAGCGGAACUCGCUGUGGUCAUAGGACGCAAAGCCAAAGCCAUAAGGCAAGACCAAGCCCUUGACCACAUUUUCGGCUACACUGUGGCCCAAGACAUCACCGCCCGAGACUGGGUAACAGCCAGAAACAACGGACAGUACCUCCUAGGCAAGAGUAUGGACACUUUCUGCCCUUUGGGCCCGGCAGUAGUGACGAAAAAUAAACUAGACCCCAACAACUUGACCAUCAAAAGCUGGGUCAACGGAAAGUUGAAACAGAACGGAAACACGAACGAAAUGAUCUUCAAAGUCGAUUUCCUCGUCUCGUAUUUAUCACAGGUUGUUACUCUGUACCCCGGCGAUGUGAUCCUCACAGGGACCCCUUCCGGGGUCGGUGUGAACCGCAGCCCCCCCGAAUUCCUCCGCAAAAACGACAUACUCGAAACCGAAAUUGAAGGAAUCGGCAAAAUGAGAAACACAGUUCAAUAAAAAUUUUAUUUACAA